CCUAAUGGCAGACCAAAGACAAUUUCACCAACGUCUACCACAGAACAGCCAAAUUACAUGAUGAGGUGUAACACAACAUUGUUCCAUCAGAAAUCUGAUCUCAUUACAAAUCAAAGCACUCCAUUCCCAGAAGCAGCCAGUACUUCUCAUGUGCACACAACAACAUCUAUAGCAUCUUCAAAACGAAUGGCUACUCCAUCAAAGAAAAUUACACCAAACAAAAGCAAAAACAUUACUCAAUGGCCCAUUACUGGAGUACAAAGCAAGCUCACCAAAAUAUACAAACCUCUGAAAUCCAAGCUGAACAGUGACCCACCCAGAGGUGAUCGUUUCCAACCAAAACAACAGAGGGGAAAGGCUGGAAAGAAGGACAACUCAUCUUUACACAGCACUGUAUCUCCAAUCUUCAUAACAUUAUCUCUGGCUAGCAAAUUUCCAAGGACUAACAAAUUAUUUGAAAGCAUGCCACAAACAAAUUCUCCAAAUUCUCCAAGUAAAAAAAAGACAUCCAAUGCAGUAUCAAGCAGAAGUCACCCACAAAACUCAAGCACAUUAGAAAUGAAACACAAAUCAACUGAAGUCACAAAACAACCUAAGACUUGGAAUAACACCAACUCUGCAUAUAAAACCUUUAAACCAACAGCAAUAUGUGAGGUAACCAGACAUUUGGAUGACUGCAAGUACAAAAUACGUCCCAUGGAGAAGUUAUAUGGACAUCAUAAUACAGAGACAACUACAAUCUACCAUUGCGAUUGCAUACACAGGUUGACUGAUCACUUAAAGCAACUGGAGAGCAUUGUUUUACUGGAGAAACUUCUAUGGAAAUUUGUGUCCACGUCAUGCAUUGAAAUACCAAAUACCAAGGAAUGCAUUAAUAAUACAAGAUGUUCUGCCAUCCUUUGCAAGGCCACAGCAUUAGAGUCAUCACUGAUCAAACUGGAAGGUCAGGCUACAAUAAAAAAUAGAAAAAUUUCUACAAGUGAAAGAGUCCCCAAUCAACUUUAUAAACGUUGUCUUAGGAUUUUACGUCCUAGAAGCCCGAAACAUGUAAAGCAUAGUGCUUGACUAGUGCUGACUGGAAAAUAAUGAGUGGAAAUAUUUUCAUGCUUAAAUUUCUUUUUAAAAUUCAUAUUAUAUUCAAUUUCUGUUUAUAUUCAACAGAUAUAUUGCAUUUGCAUUUAGAUUCAUCAGAGGAACCCAUGCUUAACAGCCUGGGUUGAAUAUAAUAUUAAUUUAAAAAGAAAUUUACACAUAAGAAUACAGAAUACUAAGAAUACUGUAAAAAUGCUGUAAGUUAUUUGCCUCUUUCCUAAAAGAAAAUUUAUUGGCUGAUGCUUGGCUAUGCUUAGGUAACUGAGCAAAUAUAAUUUUUUGUUUUUUGUUUUGUUUUAAUCACAUACAGUGCCCUCUACUAAUAUUUGCACCCUUGGUAAAUAUGAGCAAAAUUGGUAAAUAUGAGUGAAAAAUUGUCUUUAUUGCUUAACCUUUUGAUCUUUUGUCAAAAUAAAAUUCACAAAUACUCUGCUCUCAUGGAGAUCAAACAAUUGCAAACACAGGUUUAUAAAAAAAAUAUCUUUGUUAAAUAUAGGUGUGCAACAAUUAUUGGCACACCUAUGAAUUCAUAUGAGAAAAAUAUAUUUGAAGUAUAUUCCCAUUGAUAUUUUACAUUCCUUUUAGCACACCUGGGUGACUAGGAACAGGAAAUUGUUCAACCAUGACUUCCUGUUUCACAGUCUUAUAAAUAUGAGGUAACACACUGGCCAAAUUCCCUUAGUCUUUCAUAACAAUGGGCUAGACCAAAGAGUAUAGCUGUGAUGUGCAGCAAAAGGUUGUUGAGCUUCACAAAAUGGGAAGUGUCUAUAAGAAAACAGCACAAUCAUUGGAAAUGCCCAUUUCCUCCAUCAGGGCAAUAAUUAAGAAGUUCCAGUCAACUGGAAAUGUUAUGAAUCAGCCUGGAAUUGGACGUGUGUCUAUAUCGUCUCAGUUGUUUGAUAUCCAAGAGAGCAGAAUAUUUUUGUGUUUUUUUUUAAACAAAAGAUCAAAUGGUUAAACAAUUAAGACAAUUUUUCAAAGCCUUCUUUGCUCAUAUUUUCCAAGGGUGCCAAUAUUAGUGGAGGGCGCUGUAUAUGCUUUAAAAUAAUAUUAUGUCCAAUAUGUAGAAUGAUUGUGACAUUUGUAAUAAACUGAAACUUUGAUGUUAAAUAAACUUUGAUGUUUUAUGAUGCAAUGCAAAACCUUUUGUUCAAAUUAAAUACAGUGGAUAUAAAAAGUCUACAUAGACCUGUUAAAAGUGCAGGUUUUUGUAAUGAAACCGAGAUAAACCAUGUCAGAUCUUUUCCCACCUUUUUAUGUGAUAUAGCAACUAUCACAAUUCAAAUGAAAAACAAACAGAAAUGUGUUUUUCUGUUUGGGGAAAAAAAGAAAAAACUUACAAUAACCUGGUCGCAUAAGUGUGCACACCCCUUAACUAAUACUCUGUUAAAGCACCUUUUGCUUGUAAUACAGCACUCAGUUUUUUGGUUGAGUUGACCAAGAUUAUUCCAUUGUUCCUUGUAAAAAUGUUCCAGAUAUAUCAAAUUGUGAGGGGACCUCUUGUACACAGUGCUGUUCAAGUCAUUCUACAAGUCAUUCUACAGGUUUUAGAUAGGAUUUACCGUCCCCUCUUAAAGUAUUGAAAUGGCAAGCCCAAUACUUUUUUUUUUACUAUACACAAGACAUUUGGGUUUCAGCUUUCAUUUCCUGAUAUUCAUAUCUAGAUGUGUUAAACAACAUGGCAGCUUUUGUUUGAACCCAUGUAUUUUUCAAGUGAUUAAAAAUAUUGGAAUAUGACUAAUAUGUGUUUUUUGUGGCCCAGGUGUGCCCUGUUAGAUUGAUUAUUUAAACAAUUAAUAGUGCUGAAUGUCUGCUCUUGGUUUAAGCUCUGGGUUUCGCCUGUGAAGGCUGAAUUUGUUGUCAAAAAGGAUAAACCCACAUGAAGACUAGAGAGCUGUCUAUGGGAGAAAACCAAGCCAUUUUGAUGCUGAGAAAGAGAGAAAAUAGGCUAAAUGAUCAGUUCAGAGCCAGUUUAGACUUGGGUUUAGAUUUGGCCAGUCUAAAACCUUCCACUAUUUACCCUGAUGAAGUCUUUUGUUGUGUUAUUAGUGCAUUUUGUCUUAAAAUUUGUCUUGGGGGAACUCCAUCGUGCAGUAAGACAGUGGUCUUACUGCACGAUGGAGUUCCCCCAAUUAGAUUAAGACUUUAUUGAUCUCAAUGGGGAAAUUCGAGAGAACCUUAGACUUAAUAGACUUACCCUACUGGGAAUUGAAUGUGGUGAGAGCGCCAGAUUCUAGCCAUUUAAGAUACAGGGAUACACCCAGGAUAUACCCAGAUUGGAUGCAUUUCUCUGUAAAUUGGAAGACAGAAUGUUUCUUUAGAUUUUUGAAUUCAUUCUGCUGCUACCAUAAUGAGUUACAUCAUCAAUAAAUAUUAGUGAAGCAUCCAUCCAAGCCCAAGACAUGACACUACCUCCACCAUGCUUGAUUGAUAAGCUUAUAUGUUUUGAGGAGAUCCUUUCUUUGUCCUCACUUUGGCCUUUCCAUCACUUUGGUAGACAUAAAUCUUGGUUCCACGAUUCCAACUGAUUUCCAAUUUGUCUUUCUGAUUUUUACUGCUGAGGAGUGGUUUGUAUCUUAUGGUAUGGCCUUUAUAUUUCUUCUCUCAAAGUCUUUUUCAAAUGGUGGAUUAUGAUACCUUAACCCUCAGGGUGUAACCUGGUCUGGGCAAUUUUUCUUU